AUGGAAGAUCUUCACUUUCCCUGCCUUUUAAAGGCCCUUUUAUGUUUAUUUUUCCUUUUCCCGUUGCUUUCUUCCGGCGAGCCGCGCGGGAAAAAUGAGCUCGCUGAGCCCGCGGCGGCCGGCCUGCCGCUUUCGCGGUUCGCGCAGGCCAAAGAGCGCUUUCUCGGCGCCAUCGCCGGGGGGGCCCUAACUGGCACCCUCGGGACCCUGGCAGGGGCCCCCGUGGCCGGGAUGGGAGCUGCAGCGGGGCUUCCCGUUGCUGCUGCUGCUGCUGCUCCUGCUGCAGCACAAGGCGUUACUGCUGCAGCUCCUGAAGCUGCUGCUGCUGCUGCUGCAGGGCUCCCCCCAGUGGACCUGGACGCCAUCGGAGUGGACUACUCGGCCUCAGUGGUGCAGCCGCCGCCGCCGCCCGAAGCGCAAACGGUAAUUUGGAAUUCAGCAGCAGCAGCAGCAGCAGCUGCUGCAGCAGCAACUUGCACAGGGGCUGGAGUUGACGGCGGCAGCAGCUCGUGGGUGUUUCGAGGCUGCAUGCGAAUUUGA